CUGGCUUUCCAGGGAGGCGAUUCGGAGGCCUGCUCUCCCUGCGUCCCAACCCAAGACUGGGGCCAUUGCGCCCGGGGGCUCUGCUUCCCUCCUCGCUGCUGCCCUCGCUGACCUUCGGCUCCUGCCCCGACGAGCCCUCCUUCCUUCGCGUCGGAAAGAGCCGAAGGCAAAGAGGCAGCGCUGGGAGGGAGCAGGGCCCCGCGGGAAGGAAGGGCACGGAGCAAGCCCGCCGAGCCUGCUCCUCCGCCACCUCCGCCGCUGAAAGAGGCCGUCCCUUUUGGCAGCGGGCCCAGGGCCAGCUUCUCGGGGCGAGGGCGAAGCACCCUGAGCGCAGCAGUCCGGGCCAAGGAGGCGGACGCCGCUCUCCCUUCCCGGGACUGGAGUGGGGAGCUGAGCCUGCAGAAGCCCGGGCACCUUGGCGAGCGCUCCGCAGUGUCCUCUGCCCGGCCGGGAAUGGAGCCCUGGCAGCAGAAGCAGGAGGAGAAAGAGAUGCUGCCGAAGAGCGGGCAGGAGUGGUACCCAGAGGGGAGCCCAGAGCCCACGGCGGAAAGAGAGAGCCAGCUCGGAGCAGGGCGCGCCUCCAACCCAGAGGUGCCAAAAGGGAGCCGAAGAAGGCGGCAAAGGCCCUCUGAGGAGAAAGAAGAGGGCGAAGGGCUCUCCCGAGCGUCCACCCAAGGUCCCGCUUCGCCAGGAGAGAUGGCCCUGUCCAAAAGGAGGGCGGAGGAGGCGGCGGCCGAGGCCGAGGCUGAGCGGAGCCCCCCGGAGAGGCGGAGGGAGGCGGGGUCCCUGAUGGGGGAGCUCUCCCAGGCGGUGCAGGAAGUGGUCAGGAGCAGCAGCUGGUGGGAGAGGCAUGGCCUGGAUGGCACCCUGCUGGCCCUGAACUUUCUCAGCUUGCCCAUAGGGUUCCUGCUGCUGCGUUCUGAUAAUCCUUUUGCUUUCCUGUGUGGUGUUGUCAUCCUUGGUGUGGUGCAUCAUGCCAUCGCUGUGAAGGGAAGCCACUUGGCCACUCACAAUGCCUUGGUGGAGUCCAAAUCAUGGGGGAAACUAUGGGCUGUAUUCUUCAUUGAGGUUUGUUCCUCCUUCACAGCAGAACAGGCGACCUACAACCACGUGAAACUCCACCAUGCUUACACAAAUAUCAUUGGUCUUGGGGACUCCAGUACAUGGAAGCUUCCUUUCCUGAACCGCUAUGUUUACAUGUUCAUUGCACCUCUUGCUGUACCUAUAAUCACCCCUUUUGUGGCAAUUGGCAUGCUGAAAGAAGUUGAAUGGAAAACAGCCACCCGGACUCUCUGUUGUAUAUUAGUUGGCCUGUAUUCCCAUUACUGGCUGCUGAUUAAUAUCUCAGGGUUCCAGUCCGUGUGGUCCGCUUUCAGCUGUAUGUUGGUCACACGAUCUCUCCUUGUCCAUCCUUACAUCCAUGUUAAUAUCUUCCAGCAUAUUGGCCUCCCAAUGUUUUCUACUGAUAAGAAGCCAAAAAGGAUUCAUAUGAUGACCCUGGGAGUUCUGAACCUGCCUCGAAAUCCCCUGCUGGAUUGGUCCUUUGGGCACUCAAUCAUCAGCUGUCAUAUAGAGCACCAUCUCUUCCCAACAUUGUCAGAUAAUAUGUGCCUGAAGAUCAAGCCAGUUGUUUCUCAGUAUUUGAAAGAGAAGAAAUUGCCAUAUAAUGAAGAUUCGUAUUGGUCUCGUUUGAAGUUGUUCCUGGGCAAAUAUGAAGAACUGAUGGUCCAUGCACCACCCAUUACUGAACUUGUUGGAAUACAGUGAUCAGCCAAAAUGGAUUUUUCCCCAGGAUUAAGACAUUUAGAACCAACAUUAGGUUCUGAUCCAGCCAUUAAGGAGGAAACCAACAUGUUUUUUAAUGUCUUCCAUAUGGACUAGUAGAAAUGACCUUUGGAUAAAAAAAUGGCAACUCUCCAACAAUGUUUUCAAAGGGGAAACCAAUAACUCUUCCAAUGCAAUAGGAUCAAAAUGGAGAGAGAAAUGUUGAGAUCUCAUUUUUUUCUCCCUGUGUUUCAUUUAAACUUGAAUAUUUAUACCAGCUUUUAUGCAUCCUUUCCAUACUGCUUCUUUACUGGUCCAGGGAGAAAAUUGUAAGGGCUCUUUCCUAUGCUAUUCUUCUCUUCCUUACGCAAAAUAAUUUCCAUGUUGGAACAUAUUUGCAUUCUAUAUAGGUAUUUCCCAGUAAUACUAACCAAAAUGAAUGGUGCAACUAGCUGUCAUCUCUUUCUGUCCUUAAUGGACUUUACAUGAUAAGAAAAAAAUAUUAAAGUGAUAAGAAAAGAUAGGAAAGUUACCAAUGAAAAGAAAAGGCAUUUGGAUCAAGCUGUAGAGUGCUGUGAGGGUGAUUGCAUGCUAAAAGCCUUGUCUGGAAGCACUCUAAAAUAUUUGAGGAGCUGAGUGCAGGACUUUUCCCUAUAUCUUGGUUGUGUGGCUCAGAGAGCCGGCAGCAGAUCAGAUGGAUUUCUGCAUCUGCAUUAUGUUGCCUAACCCUGUUAGGCAGGGUUAGGUUAGGCAACAUAAAGCCCUGCAGAUACUGCUGCACUGCCGUUACCAUCAUCCAUCACCAUUGGCUAUGUUGGCUAGGACUGAUGGGAUAUGGAGUCCUGCAAUGUCUGGGGGACUACAUUUUGCCUGCCUCUAUUAUACUGGAUAAAAAGCACACAAUGUUUCAUUGAUUACAUCUGCUUUUGCCAUGCAAGCUAUCACUGUGAGGGGAAAGAAAGAUAUGAACAGGCCAAACUGCUAUGCAAAAUUUUCUGGGAUAAUAACUCAGGGAUUCUAUGUUAAAUUAUGCUGUAUCAUUGAGGAAAGCCAAGUCUGCAGACUUGGACCCUGAAAACUGAGCAUUUCCCUACAGGAUACUCGAUGAGUCUGAAACUUUUCCUGUUUCUUUCUGUAAAAAGGAAAAUGUUAUUUAAGCAAACUGUGACAUCACAAAGAACAGGAAAAUGGAACAACCAUCCAUGGUGGGGAUUACAAUGCAGAAAGAGUCUGUAUGAAUUUGGGAUAUCGUAUUAUGACAGAGGAACAGUAGCAAGGGAAGAUGAAAGUAGCAGGGAGAGAGGUUCCUCAGAAGUUUAAAAAAACAGCCGCGAAUGAGAAUACCGAAGUCUCACUCUGUGACCGUUACUACCGUCCACAGUCCAUUUCUACUGUCUCUGAAUUCUAAUUGAAAUUGUAUGACAGGAUGACCCUCUCCCUACAUGUGAUAGUUCCAAGAUGUGAUGGAUCCAACAUGUACACUAUGUAUGUGCAUAUAUGUGUGUAUGUAUUUGGAUCUAUCAUAUUUUGUUAUUAAAUGGACUGUCCCAUCCUUAAAUGUGUGUAUAUGUGAUUUAUAUGUUGGAUCUAUCAUAUUUUGCUAUUUCUUGCCUGUCUUGUUGCUUUUUAUAUAUUCUUCCAGGCGAGACUGAAGCACUUUGCUACCAAUGUGCCAUUCUGAACCACUGGCUAUUUGUGGAGCAAGGUAUCCAUGAAAAGGAUGGAAAGUGUAGCAAUACAGGAGAUGGGAAAUUGAGUUGCAAAGCAGUAUAUGCAUGUGCAGGAACAACAUUUGCUGUGCUCCGCACAAUCCUAUAUCAGCUCAAUUAAACUGUAGAAAAAGAUGCCACAGAACGGACAAACCGAUUUUGCUGCUAGAAUUCUCCAUGCUAUUGAACACAUCUGCUGGACAGAUCUUCCAUGCCACAGUUGAUUGAAUAAAAUAAAUGAAAACAACACCAUGUUCAAACAGUAGCAUUCAGUCAAUGAUUUAAUCCAUGUUCAAGGGUCCCUGUUUAAAAUCAGUACAAACCCCAGGAAAGUGAUGUUUAUUUUGAGACUCAAUGCCAUCAAUUGGGUGCUAACUAGACUCCAGAAUCCAAUAAUUGACAAUUGGGGUAACAUAAUAUAAGAAAUAGGUGGACUAGUGGUCUGCCUAACAACUAGAUUGUUUACAUAUUGACUGGUAGUGGCUCUUUUGGGUUUAUAGAACUAUAAUUCCACUUUGUGCAGUGUAUAUAGAAUCAGUCCCCGGCAUGAAACAAGAAAAUGAUAACAGAAAUCAUAAAUAUGAUGUUAUCUUCUUAAAAAUUAUAAUUCCAUAUAAUAUGUUUAAUAGACUGGCCUAUUGUAAGCUUAACAUUGAUUUCCUAACCACAGCCAUGAGAGAUAGUGUUGGAUCAUUCAUUAUCCAGCUCUUCUGCUCUUCAAUUUCUGCUUGCUUAACUGUGGUUUCAUAUUACACAAAUAAUAAUGCAAAUCAGGCUCCACUAAACUGCUUUUAAUAUGGGAAGAAUCUUUUGUGUCAACCAUGGUUUGCAUCAGUUAACAUCUGGUGGAACGGCUACUAUUAGGAAAUGGAAAAGGAAAAAAGGGAAAUGAUUUUGAAGAAAGAAUAUGAAACUGCAUUGGAACUACAUUAUAUGGUCAGUGUACUCUAUAAUUCAGUUUGACUGUAUUGAACUACAUUAUAUGGAUCUACACUGACCACAUAAUGCAGAUUCAAAAUGAAUUAUAUAACAGUGUAAAUGAGGUCUUCGAGAUGAGUGGAAUAUUUGAAAUCUCAGUUUUCCUGUAUACGUACUGGCUCCAAUCAAUUCCAAUAGAGUAAUGCAGAGAUUGAGGGCAGGAAAAGAGAUUGUUUUUUUGCUCCCUUGGCCAAAGAAGGAUGUCAGGGGAAGAAUCCCUAAAUCCAACAUAACCCACAGUUCCAGACAUAGACAUUUUAUAGACAUUUGAGAGACUAGGCAUUUGCUGUGGUUGGUACAAAUUACAAUUUGCAAUCUCAUUAGUUCAAAAGUGCAUUGUUGUAAGGUUUACAGUUUGCAAUUCUUGUACAGUAUGGUUGGAAGCUGACUCUGAUGUUUCAGACAACGUAUUUGUAACAUAUAUAUCAUUUGGACAAAUUGGGCAAAUAAGUUGAAUCUGAAGCUCUUUCUGCAUUAUGAAAUGUCUUAUAAAGUACAUGUUGGCAUUUAUAAACAAGACAGGGACUGUAGAAAAGAUCAGAAUACCUUAUAUGGUAAAUUGUAUAAUACAAAUCCUCAAUCACCA